AGCGCUACUAUGGACACAGCGGAUGAAAUGUUAAGCAACCUGGAGAAAAUGUUCGUAAUGUCCAAAGAGUCAAAGUUGAGUAUGCGGCAGAAGCUACAGAGCUGCGUCUGGAUCAAAGGUGAGGAGUUCUCCAAGUACUACAACGAGAAGUGGCAGCUGGCGGAUAACUUAGCACUGGCAGAAGAUGAAUUUUUGGAAUAUGUCAUUGACGGCAUACACGAUGUCAAUCUACGCAAUCUGGCUAAGUCGCGUUCGUUCAAGACCGGAUUGGAGCUUUUGGAGGCAUUCCGAAACGUUGAGUUGGGCUACGUUCCUAAGCCCAAGUUACCAGAAGACCGUAGAGCAGGAGAUUAUCAAAAGCCACGAGGUAAUGCAGAGUGCGACAAUUGCCACAGUCGGGGCCACCUGGCCAAAGAGUGCUGCAAGCCUAAGAGACAAGAUGGGGCUUGUUACGCAUGCGGCUUGCAAGGACAUGUGGCUAAGGAGUGCAACCAAUACAAGAAGUCGAAGGGCGGGGACAACGAUUAUAAUGUCUCCUAGAUUUUGGCAGCCCGAUAAGUACUAUUAAAAAACGUUUUAUACCAAGUCAAAUAAAAAUGGAAAAGACUACCUAUUUAAGUUACGUUGUAUUAAAUUUAAGUAAAUUACAAAUACAUGGAAGCGUAAAAUGUUUAGUUAAAUUCUCAAAUAAAGAUACUCCUAUGUCGUGGAUGAUGAAUCUA